AUGCGUAGCGAAACAUUUUUCCUGCUGCAUGCCAAACCUUGGAGCCUCGACAGUCUGCUCCUGCUGGUGGGAACAGUAACCGCGGUCCUGGUUGGGGCAUCGACUCCCUCUCUUGGCUCAGUCUACAGCCGGUUACUCGAUGGGCUGUCCACUCGGGAGGCCGUUGCCUGGACGCAGGUGGAAUCGCAACAAGGCCCAGCUCGGCAGUAUAUCAAGAUGAUAAUGAUGAUAGCCUGUUGCCACUUCGUCCUCAACUAUAUCAGUUUGGCCUGCUGGGGUCUGUUUGGUGAACGUCUGACACAGCGUAUUCAGUACGCUGCUUUGAGCGCUCUGGUGCACCAGGAUCUUGCCCACAUUGACGCAAAGUCGCCGGGAGAGCUCGACACGUAUCUGGACACGGACAUUGACAACAUCCGCCGAGGUGUCGGGGAACAACUGGGGAUAUUGAUCUCUCUCGCCUCCUCCACAACCUUCUCGUAUGGAGUCAGCUUCUGGGAGUCUCCUACAACGACUUGGAAGAUGUCAAUGCUGCUUCCGCUGUACCUGCUCUUCCCUAUGCUUGGACAAGAGACAGUACUGAGCAGAACAAUCGACAAAGGGAUCAGCGCGGCAUGUGCAUUUGCCUCGGAUACUCUCUGCCACUUGAUGGUGGUGCAUGCGUUCCAAGCAUCGAGCAGAUUUGAAAAACGAUUCAACGAGAAACUACGGUCGUUGGACACUACUUGGCGAGUGAGACGCCUCUUCUUUGCCAGUCAUGCAAGUCUACUUCAUUUCUUGCCUUUUGCUCUCAAGGCAACGGCCGUCUGGCACACUGGUCAGAUCACCGUGGGACAGGCGACCGCGGUGUCCAGCAACCUGAUUGCCAUGUCCUUGACCAUUUCCUCGCUCGUUCCCUCCUGGAAUGCCUUUACCGCCGCGCGUUCGUCGUAUGAGCAACUCCUACCAACGCUGUCACGAAACUCAAAGAUUGACGCGAGAUCACUCGAAGGCCUGCCCGCUCCAAAAUCGCCAGCAGUGCUUGACGUACGUGAAGUCCGAUUUCGUUAUCCCGAUUGUCAGGAGAGAUUUGUACUUGAUCGCAUUUCUUUUCAGAUUCCAGGACGUGGCACUAUUGCGAUCGUCGGCAGCUCAGGAGGCGGUAAGUCAACUCUAGCCAGUCUGGUGUGCCGAUUGUAUGACCCUAUUUCUGGUUCCAUACAGCUCGACGGUAGGGACAUCCGUGACUACAACAUCCGUAGCCUACGAAGUAGCAUUGCGUUAGCAGACCAGAGGCCUGUGCUCAUGAGCUGUUCGGUUCUGGAAAAUGUGGCGCAAGGACUGGUCCGUUGUAUGGAGGGAUGGCCAACACAGCACGCAUUGUCCUCCAUGGUUGAACGGGUUCGAAGCGGUCAGACAUGGGAGGAAGCCGCCAGAGGCUCAGUUGUGUUGAGAGCCAUUGUUUUCCGGGUGGUCGAAGCACUGCAGCUGACAGAGGCUUCAAAAUUUGUCUCGGCUCUACCAUACGGAAUGGCGACUGAAAUUGGGCCAGGAGGUGCGAGUUUGAGCGGUGGUCAGACGCAGCAGCUUGCUUUGGCCAGAGCAGUUAUACGAAACGCUCCUAUACUCAUUUUGGACGAAGCAACGUCAGAAGUUGAUGCCAUGACCGAAAGGAGCAUUCAAGACAAUCUACGCGUGCGAUACGCCGAUCGAGCUAUAGUCUUCAUCACGCACAAAUUAUCAACAGUUCAAACUUGUGACAAUAUCAUACUCAUCGACAAUGGCACUGUGGUCGAUCAGGGAUGCUUUACACAGCUCAUGUCAAACGAUGGCGCGUUUGCGAAGUUGGUUCAUUUCCAGCAUAUGGAGGCUCAUUCUGAACACAGUGACCCAGAAGCCGGCAAAGGGAAGCAGUUGGAAGUGAUCAGGCCAGCUGCUCCUCUCACGCACGCCCCGGAACGCAGCAAGCAAUCGAUCAGUACAGUACCAGCAUAUCCUCAAAUCGUGUCCUUCUUCCGGGAGCAUACACUAUCUCAAAACUGCUACGUCUGGAUAGCAAUUCUGGCCACCAUGUUACUCAGCGCGUCACCUCUUCUCGAUGCGGUCCUCAUGGCGAGUGCCCAGACGGCAGUCCCCCAUAGCACCACAGCACAGCCCCAGUCCACUAGUGUGAGCCAUGCCUACUGCUUGAUGCUUGUGGCGACUGGGAUGAUUGUUUCUGCUACUGGUUUCCUUGGGGCGUAUGCGAUUGACCGCGUUACCGAAAGCUUUCUCAGCCGUGUGAGAGUGCUGUCUUUACACGCUUUGCUCAAUAAAGACCUAGCCUGGCACGAUAGCCACCUGAGACUAAGGGACAGUGCAUUCGCCGAUGCUACAUUGCUUGACAACUUGACAGCCACGAUUAUUGAGCACACCAUCGGCGCUGCCGUCUCUUCCACGGUAGGACCAGCAUUCGCACAUGUAGUUGCUUGGAAGGUGGCUGUCAUGCUAUUGCCAACUCUGCCACUUGUGAGCGCAGCCGGGGUUUUGUGCUCCAAGCUGCUUGGCCCGCUCUACGCCCUGCACUACGAGGCGUUCAGACGUUCCAUUGAUACGAACAAAGCAUCUCUCAGCAGAGUCCGUCACCUGAUUUGUUUCGGGCUUGAGGAAGAGGCACUGCGGGCGUUCGCGGACAGUCUCGCGGCACACCGAGCUGUACGCUUGCGCAAGGUGAUCUACGCCAACUUCUUCUUGGCAGCAUCGAUGAGCUUCCCACUUUUCGUUCAUGGGAUCACGUACUGGUGGGGCGUCAAGCAAAUCUUUGCCGGCCACUGCAGUGCAGCACAGAUGUUCAUGGCGCUACCAUCGCUUGCGUCUGGAGCUCAUGGGUUAGGGAAAAUCAUGGGCCUUCCUCACGAACUGGCUCGGACUGGCCCAGCUACGACAAGGAUCUCGAACCUUGUCGCAUUGAUACCACGAAAACAGGAGAUAUCGAACCUAAGCGGCCGUUCCAACGUGGGAACUACUGCAUUCACGGUCCACGAUGGAGAAGCCCUGCGACGGAGGAAGGUAAUUUCAUGGCCACAAAACACACCCAUCAUCGAGCUGAGAUCGAUACACUUCGCUUACCCAAGCCGACCUACCCGCGAAGUUCUUGGUCAACUGACCCUCACGAUCCCACGUGGAUCAUUUUGUGCCUUCGUCGGCGACUGCGGCUCGGGAAAAUCGACGAUACUCAGUCUCAUCGAAGGUCUGUAUGCCCCUUCGCGGGGGCGUGUCCUCAUCAACGGAGAAGACAUACACGCAGAAGGCAGUGGAAUGCAUCAUUACCGCCGGAGCAUGUCUCUGGUUCCACAGGUCAAUUCACUAUUUGAGGGCCCUGUUGCUUUUAACCUCAAUGUUGGAUCCGAUCCAAGUGUGGAGAUGAGUCCCCUUCAUAAACUCCAAAGCGCUGCCCGUAGCGCUGGGAUUCAUGAAGUCAUUCGAGCACUUCCAUCAGGGUACCAGACUGACUGUGGCACAGUCGGGAGUCGCUUUUCUGGCGGCGAAACGCAACGUCUGUGUAACGCAAGGGCAUUGGUGCGUGAGCCCGAGAUUCUUCUGCUUGAUGAGCCAACAAGUGGUCUUGAUAGCCAGUCUGAGGCUCGUUGGAAAGCGCAUCUUCAUACCGUCAACAAGCAAGAUGGGGUGACAGUGGUUGUCGUGGCUCACAAGUUACACACCAUACAACGAGCGGAUAUCAUUUUCGUAAUCAAUCAAGGUCUGUGCGUAGACCAGGGCACUCAUCGCGAGUUGCUAGGACGAAGCUCAUGGUAUCGAAGGAACGUGCUCCAGCAAAGUUUUAGUUGA